CAAAAAUUCGGCGCAGAUGCGCUUACUGACCCUCGCACUACUCGUCGCGGGUAGCUUGGCCUAUAAAUUCGAGGAUUGUGAGCAAAAACCGGCAGCUCUAAACCAGGUCCUUCGUGUCGGCGCCAAGCUUUACUCGUACAAUCUCGACUUUUUCUAUCAGAAAGCACUACCUUACAACGCGAUAUACGCGUUUACCGAUGUUUUUUUGCAGACUAAUCUGACAAAUGCGGAUCAAUAUCAGUUUUAUCAGGGUACAAACUGCACAACUGUUCAACAGCUUUACGAUAAUGACAAUCGUUAUUUCGGAAUUUUACGGAAAGCCGCACUUUUGAGAUCUCAUCAGUUAAAUCCGUUCAAUGACACAAUCGUCGGCGUCUCCACAACUGAACCAUACGAAAUAUCGGUUUUAAUUUGGAAAGUCAACUAUUUCCGUGUUGGUGUCUACGUCGGAGCAAUCGUGCUAUUUUUGCUCGCCAGCAAGCUCGUUAGAAAUGUCGUCUUCUACUACACCAGUGGAUGUUCUUUCGGAUUGCUCGCUUCACUGCUCUUGGUGGCAUUUAUUGUGUGGCGUGUUGCGCCGAAGAAAACAAUUGGAGUUCCGAUCCUCAUUGGUGGCUGGUCAGUCUCCCUUUACAUGCUUCACUUCGCCUGGUCAAAUCUUCAAAGCAUCAUGAUUGAAUAUCAAAAAUACGUGAUCGGAUACUUUGCCACGGUUCUUCUGAUCUCAAUGGCGGUCUGCUACAAGCGAGGCCCUCCAACUGACGCGAGAUCCCAUGACAUCGCUCAAUGGACCCUUCAGCUCGUCGCCCUUGCGCUAAUUUAUUUCUCGGUGCAAAUGGUUGAGGUAUCGACUGGAACGAUCGGAGCUCUGAUAAUCCAGCAAAUUUGCCGCGGAUUUUUAUUCGCUGGAAUUCGGUGGUACUUCGUUGGGCUGAAAGCCGUUUGGAGGAAGUUCUUCCCGGCGAGACGACGAUUGUUGAAUGAGGAAGAGUAUGAGGAGCAGGCGGAGAAGACGACGAAAGAGCAGUUGGCUCAGCUUAGAGAAUACUGUAAGAAAGAGGGAAAUAGGCCGUGGAAGAUUGCCGGAAAUGUGAGAAGCGCUAGACGACUCGCCCGAUUCAUCGAAGGAGAAGACGAUCAUAUAACAGAAGACGAGAUAUACGCUCAUGAGCUGACUGGAGACGUUCUUGACGAUGAGGACUACGAUUUCAACGAGGAUUACGGCCUUCGAACGCCGAAUGAAUCACAUUUCGACUUGGAAGACGAUGAGGAUGGUGCUGAGGAAUGGGAUGAAGUCGUUGUCAGAAGAAGAGCUUCGGAAUAUGGAAGAGACUCCGUACAGUCCGUUCGUGUGCCACGUAGCGUUUCCUCGCGUCUUUUGUCUCCAUAUCAAGGCCAAAACCAUAUGAACAGAUCACUGGGACCCGGAAUCGGAUUCCGAAGAGACUCAACACCACGUCACGGGAACUUCCAAUCAGAGCAUCGGCCACGCAUGCCACGCACCGAGCAGAUCUAUCGCAGCCGACGCGUUGAAUAUGACGUCAAGAAUGGACGUGUUGAAGGACCAUCGAGCUCUACUGCUUCUGGAAUGACGCCAAGCGAAUAUAUGCGGAAGGCGAGAAGGAUCGAUGCGACGUCGAAGACACCGACAAGGAAAUCCCGGCAUCCGACUGAAUCGGAGGACGCCGACGAAUAAUUGGACUGAAAAUACGGAAAAUUUUGUGAAUUUCCUUGAAAAUUUCCGAAUUUUUCGCUUCUAAAUUUCCUGAUCUACCCGGUUUCGCAUUUGCCAUUUUCAUUUCUCCCUUUCCAAUAUUUCUAAAACUUAUUUUUGCGACUUUUAUUCUUUAUUCAUAUGCCGAAAUUCAUAAAUUACAGGUUUCUCACACACACAAUCAAAAUAUCUCAGUUUUUCCCUUUCCCCCGAUUGAUUUCGAUGAUUUUUCUGCGAAUAAUACGGUUU